CUCGGGUUUGGAGCUCUGGUCCCUGGACUCUGAUAGUGGGGUGCUGUGAUCCCCGGGCUCUGACGGUGCUUUCUCCCCGGGUUUAGAGCUCGAAUCCCCGGACUCUGACGGUGCUUUCUCCUCGGUUUUGGAGCUCUGAUCCCCGGACACUGACGGUGCUCUCUCCCUGGGUUUGGAACUCUGAUCCCCGGUCUUUGACGGUGCUCUCUCCCCGGGUCUGGAGCUCUGAUCUCCGGAUGUUUUUUUCCAGGAGGAACCGCUGUCCGCCAUAUUGAUGGCUGUGAGGCUAACCGUUAGCAGAGACUGGCGGCUGCUGGGGGACCUAAUGGGGGAUCAGAUCUUCCGGAUGGGGGGAGGAUAUCACCGAGUAUUACCGUUUAAUAAGACCCGUGUGUACCGGUAAUUAAAACGGUCAUUGGGAAGGAGCAGAUUGCGGACCCGGUUAGCAGAGCAGCUAACGGUUAGAGAACUAGCUUAGCUUUAGCUGUAGCCGUCAGAGGGGGCUAGGAGAUCCCGUACUGGAUCCGCCGGACCGGGCCGUCUGAGGCUAAUGUGAGACACGAUAAUGUCCAGUUGAGUCCAACAGAAACAUGGCCGCCCCCCCGCCAUCUGUCCUGAGGGAGUUCUGCCCGCUGUACUAUCUGCUGAACGCCAUCCCAGCCAAGGUGCAGAGGGGCUUCCGCUCGGUCCUGGUUUACCUGACGGCGGUGGACAGCAGCAGGGACUUCCUGGCAGUUGGCAGCAGCAUCGGGAUGAUCUACCUGUUCUGCCGCCGCCGCAACAACAUGCACAAAUACAGCCUGGAGGGGAAGAGUGAUGCGAUCACGGCGGUGAAGCUGCUCAGCUGUUUUGAUGAUCUGGUUGCGGUGGGAACAGCAUCCGGCCGAGUCGCUGUCUUCCAGCUGGUGUCUCCACUUCCUGGUCGCAACAAACAGCUGAGGCGGUUCGAUGUGGUCGGGCUGCACAAAGGCUCGGUGACGGCGCUGGCCUGGAGCACCAAUGGGAUGAAGCUGUUCUCCGGAGACGAUAAAGGGCGGGUGGUGUUCUCCUCUCUGGACCUGGACCAGGGUGUGUGUAACCCUGUGUUGCUGCUGGAGGAGUCCUCAGGUGUGGUUCAGGUGGAGUACAGUCACCAGGUGCUGCUGAUCUCUACUCAGCACAGAUCUCUGCUGUACUGCACGCAGCAACAGGAAGUACAGCAGCUGGGCAGCAAGCCCCGAAAGAGCAGUGGCAGGUUCGGCGCCUGCUUCCUGCCGGCUCUCUGUAAACAGAGUGACCUUCAGGUAUUCGCUGCUCGACCUGGACUCAGGCUGUGGAGGUCAGACGUCAGGGGACAGGUGGAGGACACCCGGCUGCUCAAAGCCCUCUUUAACACACAGAUUCCCCAGUUCGAGCUGUUUCCUCGUCCCGUUCCAAUCGGAGCUUACCGUCCAGCAGAGAGACAGCUCGGCCUGCUCAGCUGUUUCCUGAGAGAGGGCUGGAUCCUCAGCUGGAAUGAGUACAGCGUCUAUGUCCUGGACUGUCUUAACGAGGUGAUUGUAGGAGCGUUGGAGAGCAGCGGAGACAUCGUGUCGGUGUCGUGUUGUGACAACGAGAUCUUCAUCUUGAAAGGAGACAGAGACAUCAUCCGUCUGUCCAGCAGCCCUGAGGGACAGGCCUCCAGCUUGGUGGACGUCCAUCUGUCCUCCCCUCUUGCCACGCCCGCCAUCCUCCCAACGAUCGGCUCAGUGGAAACAGCUCAGCCAAUCAGAACCAUGGCUAUCAUAAUUGAGGGAGGGGGGAAAGAGGAGGGGGGAGGAAGGGAGAGGCUGAGUGAAGAGGGAGAGAGAGAGGUAGAGGAGGAAGAGGAGGUGGAGGAGGCCAUGGAACAGCUGGAGCAGGUGUCCGCCUCCCGCAGCAGCUCGGUCUCGUCCUGUGACUGUCUCCAUGGAAACCAUGUGAUGACAGCUGAUGUGAAACGUUUCAGCGCCUCGUUGGGACAGGAAGACCUUAAGCUGGUGGUGAAGGCUGUCAGAGUGAAGAAGAGGAGGAGGAGACAGACAGACAGCAGCAGUGGGAGCCAGCUCUCGGAGAGCUGCUGCUCAGACUCCAUGUUUGUAGUCCAGGAUGGCAGCUGCAGUGAGGGAGGAAGUGGAACCCCUCUGAGUGAUAGAACCUCCCUUAUCAGUCUGGACCUGCAGAACCAGGAGUCUCCGGAACAGAACCAGAACCUACCAGAUGCUGGAGUACAGGGUGCAGUGACGUCUGGCUCCCUCACCCCCCCAGACUCCAUGAUAAUCCAGGGUCUGCGGAACCAGCAGAAACCGGCAGAGACCCCUGCUCCUGCAGCAGCAGAGACCGCCCCCCCCACCCCGGACAUGGACCUGCUCCUGGAGUGUACCUUCUCUUACAUGCACAACACUGAGGGGGAGGGCCAGGAGCCGCAGCCAAUGGAGGACCAGGACCACUUUCUGAGUCCUCUGAUUGGACGAGAGGACGAGGAAGAGAAGGAUGAGGAACUGGCGCCCCCCCCUGGUCUGGCUGAGCAGAUGUUUUACUCCCCGGUGUGCAGUCUGGACCGGAAACCCAGUCUGUCCAGUGAUGAGGACGGAGACAUCUACUGUCAAACUACUGGCAGCCGGGGGGACGUCCUCAAUGGUCCUUCUAGUGAGACCACAGACAGACAGGUGGACCAGGACCAUCAGGACAGAGAGACACACAGACCUGACCAGUUGGCAGAGAGCUGGAUGGGGUACUCGGGUCCAGGAUGUGGAAUACUGAGCCUGCAGGUGACUGACAGGUAUGUUUGGUGUCUGGAUUUCAAAGGAGGUCUUUUCUGCAGCAGUCUGCCUGAAACUGGGCUGAACUGGCAGCGCUGUGAAGACAACAUCCACCAGGUGGCGGUGUCCCCCUCAGGUAACCUGCUGUGGAAGGUGGAGCAAAAGACCCUGACGGCAUACGCCUGUGCUAAAGUGUCCGCUAAAGGGAAACGGCACUGGUACAAAGCCUCGGAGCAGACGGCCUUUGUGGCUCUGAGCGACGACUCGGCCUGGAUCAUCAGGACCAACGGAGACCUCUACCUGCAGACAGGUCUCAGUGUGGAGCGUCCCUGUGCUCGCUCUGUACAGGUGGACGUCCCCUGUGUGUUCAGCCAGGUGUGUGUGAGUGGGGGCGCAGUGUGGGCUCUGAGCGAACACAAGGCCCUGUUCUACAGGGAGGGGGUCACCAGCUACUGCAGUGAGGGGGGGGGCUGGAAGUACGACACCGUCAGUGAGGCUCAGGGACUGGAUCUUAUGUGUGUGUGUCUGGCUGAGGGGGGGACAGCCUGGGCUCUGGAUGCCAGUGGCAGCCUCUGGUUCAGGACAGGGAUCUGUCCAUCCAGACCUCAGGGGGAGGAUGACCACUGGUGGCAGAUCAGUAUCUCUGACUACGUGGUCUUCGAUCAGGGAAGUCUGAUCCAGACUCUGCUGGCGGCAACUCACAGUGUUGCCACGGUAACGCGGGCCCCAGUGGAGCGGGUGGUGGCCUUCCUGUCCCAGCACUCCCAGUGCCAGCCUAGUCUGGUGAGCGCCAACCGGAGGGGGGUCUGGGUCGCCUCAGGGAAGAACCAGCUGCACCUGGCUCGCGGCAGCCUGGUGGGAACCUUCUGGCAGAACGUUGUUCCAAGAGGAACCGUGUCCAGCACCAGGUGGACCUUCAUCACGUCAUCAGCUGUCCCUCACAGAGAAGGUUCCCUCCUUUGGUUGGCUCAGAGCAGGAAGGACCUGUUCUGUGUUUGGGAUCAGGAUGGAGAACUUCGCCCCUCUUCAGUCCCUCUUCCAGCUGUGCUGGAGGUGUUCCACCUGUCUGCCUGUCCUGAUGCUCUGUGGGUUCUGGACUCUCAGGGCCGGGUCAGUAUCAGGACUCUGUCUCCGUCCUGUCCCUCUGGACUCAGCUGGACCCUUCUGGACCUCAGCCAGCUCGGAAGUGUUCGUCUGGUCAGUGUGAGCUGCGGCAGCCAGAAUGUCUGGGCUGUGGACGGAAGAGGAGUUGUUUACUUCAGGGUGGGAACCCAGCCUAUGAACCCAAGCAUGAUGCUGCCAGCCUGGAUACAGAUAGAACCACCUGUACAACCAAUAGGAGUGCAGCUGGUCAGCGUGCAGACCAGUCCUAACGACCGGCUGCUGUGGGCUUUGGACAACAGAGGCAGUGUGUUGGUGAGGACAGGGCUCAGCGAGGAGAUGCCGGUGGGGACUGACUGGGAGCCGGUACCAGGGCUGGCCGUCAGUCAGCUGGUUCUGAGCUGCCGGACCGUUUGGGUUCGCUGCCUGAACGGAGACGUGGCUCGACGGUACGGAGUCUCAGAGCGAAACCCCGCCGGAGACUACUGGAAGAAAAUCCCGGGGAACACCAACUGGUUAACUGUGACUCAGGAUGACGAGCUGUGGGCAAUCACUCUGAUUGGUGGGUUAUCCCGCCGCCUGACGAAGCUCCUCCCACAGACCCUCGGUAGACCUGCUCCCUUAGGCAACUCCCUCAGCGGGGACGAUGACGAGUGGGAGCUCAUCUGAGCGGUGACAUCGCUGAACAUGGUGGCUGCAGGGUAAUGAAGUGGACUCGGACUUCAGAAGCACUUUAUUCUGAAAGGACAGAGGAAGAGGACUCAUUCUGAAGAAGACCUUUUAGAUGAUUGUCUUUUGAUUCUGAAUGACAUUUAAGGGACCGUUCGUUUUAUUCCAGGUUAGUGGAAACCAGUUUAAAGACUCACACUUCCUCUAGACCCAUUAAAGGGAAAUCUCCCUGGGUGAACUGGUUCCACUAGUUAUUUUAUGUACGUUCCUCAUGCUAACUAUAACUAAUUCUGGUUUAGUUUGACUUCUUCAGGCUAACCAUGAAAGGGGCAUUUAACAGUGUAAUAACUCCAGAUCAGUUUACAAAAACAAUCUGAAACUUUUAGAUAUUUAAUGUUCAAAGGCUUUUACAAACUGAAAGAUCUCUGAUUUCAGCUUCUGUCUCUUCUGGUUAAACUGGUUCAUCAGAUAUAACAAGUUCAUCUGGUUAAACUAGUUGACAAGUUACUCGGGUUAAACUAGUGGAUCUGGUAGAUCUAGUUAAGCUGGUUGUGUUUUUGGUUCCUUGGGAGGGAUAAUGAAUGGACGUGUUUCUCCUGUGCUGUGGAGCUCUUUGAACUGAGACUAACCCUGGAUUUAUAAUAAACACUUUACACUUG